AUGCGUGCUGAGCUGGCGGCAGCUGGGGAGUCACACGUGGUGGUCGUCUGCACCCUCCGCGGCCGCGGCGGCGCCAACGGCGGCGCCCGGGCCUCAGCCGGCAGCGCGACCCCGCCUGGCGGCCCCUCCUUCACCUCCCGCGCGCCCUCCAGCGUCCCCGCGCCCGCGCCCGGCGAGCUUGGCGGCGCCGCCGGCGGCGGCGGGGCGCCCGACGGGACGUGCUUCCGGCUGGUUGCGUGGGGCGUGAACUCGCACGGGCAGCUGGGCUGCGCGGCGCCGGAGGGCUGCAACGUGCCCCAGUUUGUGGCUGGCAUCAACGGGCGGCGCGUGCUGCACCUGUCUGCGGGGGCGACAUUCAGCAUGGCGGUGUGCGAGCACGACCCCCGGGAGGCUGCGGCACGGUGGUCCAGUGAGAGUGAGGACGAAAUCCUCAGGUCUUUCGGGACCCCCUUCGCCGCUGGCCGCGUCCCCGCCGACCGCGGCGGCGGCGGCGGUGCUGGUGGCGGCCUCCCCCCCUCGGGCGCGGCGCGCACGCCGCUCUCGAGCUCGCAGCUGCUUGCGGCCGGGCUGGCGGCCGGCGGCGGCGGGGCCGCCGGCCUGGCGGUGAGCGGGAGCGCCGGCAGCCUGGGCGCCGGCGGCGGGGGCAGCGGGCCUCCCUCUGUAAGAGGGGAGGGCGGCGGCGGCGGCGGCGGCGGCGGCGGCAUCGGGCGCCGAAGCGACCGGGGGCGGCAGGUGGAGCUUUCGGCUCCCUCCCGGCACAGCGACAGGGGUGCACCGCGGGAGCGCGAGCGCGGCGGCGGCGGCGGCGGCGCGGGCGCCAGUGCAAGCGCUGGCGCCGGCGCCCUCGCCGCGCGCCACCUCAGCGAGCGCAGCCUCGGCGCGGCGCGCCCCAGCGAGCGCGGGUCCCUCGCGGCCGGCGGCAGCGGCGCGCUGUCCCUCGGCCCCUCCUUCAGCCUCGCGCGCGCCGCGAGCGAGCGCGGCGGCGGCGGCGCGUUCGCGGCGGCGCUGUCGAUCGGCUCCUCCUCGGAGCUCCGCGGCAGCGCCGGCGCCCCCUCGCCUUCCACCUUGGCGGCGGACCCCAGCCUCCUGAGCCUCCAGAAGCUCUCAGCCCUGGCCGCCCGCAGCCGCCUGGCGGCGCCGUUCAGGGCCAUCCGCAGCCCGGCGGGCCCCCGCGGCGGGGCGCCCGGCGCGGGCGGCGGCAGCGGCGGCGGGGGGUUGGGCGGCAGGGGCGCGGCGGCGCUGCUCGGACCGCGCGCGUCGUACCGCAGCCUCACGUCGUCGGCGCCGCGCAGCGAGCCGGACCUGUCUCGCGUCUCCGGCGGCAGCAGCCUGGCCAGCACCGCGAGCGCCAGCGCGGGCGCGCGGACGCCGCGCUACAGCUACAGCGCGCACGGCGGCGGGGGCGCGGGGGACGCCACCCCGACGGGGUCUGCGCUCGGGGCACCUUUGGGCGAUCCGGCCCCGCCGUCAGAGGGCGGCCCGGCCGCGCGUGCGGCAUAUUGGCGGGACCGUGCUGUGCGGACAGAGGCGGCGCUCGCGCGGAAGCAGCAGGAGCUGGAGGCUCUACAGGCGCAGCUGCAGCGCGCUGCGGGAGGGGCUGCCGGAAACCCCAAGCCCCAGCCCGGUCCCUAG